UGUGAAAGAAAAGUAACUUCCGAAUGGGCGCAAUAAUAAAGAUAGGCCUGCCUAUAGGCUAGACUAGGCUACAUCUAAAUGUUGGCUAUUGUAUUUAGAAAUAUACAUUUUAUGACAAGCAAUUUCUGUUGUGUAUAGGAGCGCAAGAAGUGGUAGGGAUGUACUGAUGGAGUGUGUAAGAGAGAGAGAGAGAGAAAGAGAGGGAAUGCGCUUAGAGCUGGAGUGUGCGCGGGAUAGCACACCGGCUGGAUCGGGGAGUCGCGAGGAUGGAGAUCCGACCAGACAGGUUUAAGGCGGUUGCAGCCAAGAAUCUGGGAAAGAUACACAGAAUCCUAGAAAAGCGUCAGCCCAAUGGGGAGACCAUCGAGCUUUCGGCCGAGGGCCGCCCAGAGCUUGUGGAGGAGAAGGAGAUGCCCGUGGUGGACUGCACCUGCUUUGGCCUUCCCCGUCGCUACAUCAUCGCCAUCCUCUCAGGCCUGGGCUUCUGCAUCUCCUUCGGCAUCCGCUGCAACCUGGGCGUGGCCAUCGUCAGCAUGGUCAACGACCACACCGUCUGGAAGGGUAACAAGGAGGUCCUGGUGGCAGCACAGUUCAGCUGGGAUCCAGAGACCGUGGGCAUGAUCCACGGGUCCUUCUUCUGGGGAUACAUCGUCACACAGAUUCCCGGAGGUUUUAUAUGUCAAAAAUAUAAAGCUAACAACGUGUUUGGCUUCGCCAUAGUGGCCACAUCCACUCUCAACAUGCUGAUUCCAUCUGCUGCUCGUACACACUACAGCUGUGUCAUACUAGUCAGGAUAUGCCAAGGCCUCGUCGAGGGGGUAUCUUACCCAGCAUGCCAUGGGAUCUGGGCCAAAUGGGCCCCGCCUCUAGAGAGAAGUCGACUGGCCACAACAGCAUUCUGUGGUUCCUAUGCGGGAGCUGUGGUGGCCAUGCCUCUUGCAGGGGUGUUGGUUCAGUAUGUAGGGUGGCCUUCAGUCUUCUACGUCUAUGGCAGUUUUGGGAUAGCAUGGUAUCUCUUCUGGAUCCUGGUGUCGUAUGAAAGCCCGGCAGCCCACCCCACUAUCACCCCUGAGGAGAGGAAGUACAUUGAGGAAGCCAUCGGAGAGUCAGCAGGUUUUGCCAAUCCUCUACAGAAAUUCAAAACCCCGUGGAGAGCAUUCUUCACGUCCAUGCCGGUGUACGCCAUUAUCGUAGCCAACUUCUGCAGGAGCUGGACUUUCUACCUGCUUCUCAUCAGCCAGCCGGCCUACUUCGAGGAAGUGUUUGGCUUUGAGAUCAGCAAGGUGGGGAUGGUGUCGGCCUUGCCACAUCUGGUGAUGACCAUCAUUGUGCCCAUCGGGGGACAGCUGGCCGACUACCUUCGAACACACAACAUCAUGACCACCACCAACGUCAGGAAGCUCAUGAACUGUGGAGGGUUUGGAAUGGAGGCCACAUUCUUGCUGGUGGUGGGAUACUCUCACACCAAGGUCAUGGCCAUCUCCUUUUUAGUCAUCGCUGUGGGCUUCAGCGGAUUUGCCAUCUCAGGUUUCAACGUGAAUCACUUGGAUAUUGCCCCCCGCUAUGCCAGCAUUUUGAUGGGCAUUUCCAACGGAGUGGGCACCUUGUCGGGAAUGGUGUGCCCUCUUAUAGUGGGCGCCAUGACCAAACACAAGUCGCGUGAAGAUUGGCAGGGUGUCUUCCUCAUCGCUUCAGUUGUUCACUAUGGUGGAGUGAUUUUCUAUGGAAUCUUUGCGUCAGGGGAGAAGCAGCCGUGGGCGGACCAGGAGGACACCAGCGAUGAGAAGUGUGGCAUCAUCGACGAGGACGAACUGGCCAAUGAGACGGAAGAGAUGUACCGCACUGGCGGAGGGGGGCAGUACGGAGCCAUGAGCCAGCCAACAGCGGGCCCCAACGGAGGAGGGGGUGCUGGAGGGGGGGCAGGGUGGGUCCAGGACUGGGAGAAGACGGAGGAAUAUGUUCAACCUCCAGGAUACAACCAGUAACUCUACGGAGGAGAGGGAGAGAGGGAGCUCACAUAAUGCCCUAUUCAGACUUGAGAUAAGUUGACUAAACAAGGCUGACUUAAGUCCAUGUUAAGUAUACUGUCCCUUUCUCAAGUCUGAAGAGAGGGGAGAUAGGGAAGAGAGGGGAGAUAGGGAAGAGAGAGAGGGGAGAUAGGGAAGAGAGAGAGGGGAUAUAGGGAAGGACAGAUGUUUUGGCAAAUGACAUGUAGUGAGGGAAGAUAGAGGGUUAGCAAAUUGUCAUAGGUGUGUUUUUGUAUAUACGUACAUUUACACAUGUGGGACAUUAUAUGAAUUGUAUGCAUUUGAAUAAGUGUGUGUGUGUGUGUGUGUGUGUGUGUGUGUGUGUGUGUGUGUGUGUGUGUGUGUGUGUGUGUGUGUGUGUGUGUGUGUGUGUGUGUGUGUGUGUGUGUGCGUGCGUGCGUGCGCGCGUGUGCGUGUGUGCAUGAACAUUUUGCCUGUUGAACCUGAAACUCUUAUUGGGUCACUGUUGCUCACUCAUCAUUUUAGUUAAUUUACAUGUCAUUUACUUUCAAACAAAUAAUUCUCCAUGAGCUGUCUGUCGGCUUUGUGAGUGUCUCUGGAAAUCAAAUGUAAGUGUCUCAUUUUUGAAAAGCUUGUUGUUUAUAAGCAUGGGUGGUAUGGAUGACUGCGACUCAGCCCAAUGCUUAUUUUCAGUUGCUACUGGCCUAUGUUGCACACAGCAGUCCAAUGUUUCGAGCAUCGGCAAAGUGGGCAUUAUAUCCAUGAGAAAGGGCCAUGAGUUACUCCACUGAAUCCUGUCAGAGAGCAGUUAAAUGGUGCUCCAGAAUUCUGUCAUUAUUGUCAUAUUACCCUCUCAGUAUUUUAGGCAUUUUGUCAAAAUCACUGAAUGCACUUAUAUGUAGAAGUCAAUAUUUACUGUAUGUAGGCUACUGUUCCUUUCUAUAUACGUUUCUAUGUAUUAGACAGUACUCUCCCGAAGUGUGUGUGUGUGUGUGUGUGUGUGUGUGUGUGUGUGUGUGUGUGUGUGUGUGUGUGUGUGUGUGUGUGUGUGUGUGUGUGUGUGUGUGUGUGUGUUUAACUAUACUAACCAGUAAACAAACAAAAAUUUGACCAACUGGGGACAUUUUGUUGAUCCCCAUAAGAUCAAAUGCUGUUUCUAGGGGGUUUAGGGGUAAGGUUAGAGUUAGAGUUUGUGUUAGGGUUAAACUUAGGGUUAGGGUUAAGGUUAGGGAAAAUAGGAUUUUGAAUGGGACUGAACUGUAUGUCCUCAGAAGGAUAGCUGUGUGUGUGUGUGUGUGUGUGUGUGUGUGUGUGUGUGUGUGUGUGUGUGUGUGUGUGUGUGUGUGUGUGUGUGUGUGUGUGUGUGUGUGUGUGUGUGUGUGUGUGUGUGUGUGUUUAACUAUACUAACUAGUAAACAAACAAAAAAUUUGACCAACUGGGGACAUUUUGUUGAUCCCCAUAAGAUCAAAUGCUGUUUCUAGGGGGUUUAGGCGUAAGGUUAGAGUUAGAGUUUGUGUUAGGGUUAAACUUAGGGUUAGGGUUAAGGUUAGGGAAAAUAGGAUUUUGAAUGGGACUGAACUGUAUGUCCUCAGAAGGAUAGCUGCGCAAGUGUGUGUGUGUGUGUGUGUGUGUGUGUGUGUGUGUGUGUGUGUGUGUGUGUGUGCGUGCGUGCGUGCGUGAGUGUGUGUCUGUGUCUGUGUCGGGUGCAGGUGCUGGAACAUUGUGCGGUGAGCAUGCUGUAAUGAUGGUUUCAUGGGUGCAGUGAGUGCACCACACAACGUGUCCAUGUGUCCACGUGUGACAAGAGAAGUAAUGAUGACUUAGGAUGUUACUGUGUGAAACACACACUGCUUUAUUAUUUCAUUUGAUGGAACUUGUCGGCCUGUUAGUGAAUGACUGACUGUUGGGGAAUUGUGUGUUAACCUUUUGUGCAGUGAUGGAAAACAUGUGCGGUUGCCAUUACACCACGGCGUGCAAUGUGUGUCUAGUACUGGUCUUUAGCAAUAUGAAUUGUAUCUUCAGGUGUGUGUGUUCUGUCAUACUAUACAGUGUAUGUUUGCGAGGCUAAGGGGGACUGUAUGCUCUAUGUGUCCUGAACAGAACAUUUGAGCAACCAAUCCUGGACUUGUUACUAUAGUUGUGUUGUUGUUGUUGUUUUUCUGUUGAUUUCUUUUGUCUCUUGGAUUCUUACUUUCCUGUUUCCAUGUUCUCCUCCGUCUUGUUGAAACGUACCUGUGGGGAAACAACAUGUAAAAACACAUAGGGACAUAUACAUACAAAAACACACAACAAAUAUGACAUGUAUGAAAUAUGUAUAUGUGUAAAAUAAAAGGUGUAUAUAAAAUGGUGUCAUCGUUAGUCAUAUAGCAUAUAUACAUGUAUAUAAAAUGGUGUCAUCGUUAUUAGUCAUAUAGCAUAUAUACAUGUAUAUAAAAUGGUGUCAUCGUUAUUAGUCAUAUAGCAUAUAUACAUGUAUAUAAAAUGGUGUCAUCGUUAUUAGUCAUAUAGCAUAUAUACAUGUAUAUAAAAUGGUGUCAUCGUUAUUAGUCAUAUAGCAUAUAUACAUGUAUAUAAAAUGGUGUCAUCGUUAUUAGUCAUAUAGCAUAUAUACAUGUAUAUAAAAUGGUGUCAUCGUUAUUAGUCAUAUAGCAUAUAUACAUGUAUAUAAAAUGGUGUCAUCGUUAUUAGUCAUAUAGCAUAUAUACAUGUAUAUAAAAUGGUGUCAUCGUUAUUAGUCAUAUAGCAUAUAUACAUGUAUAUAAAAUGGUGUCAUCGUUAUUUUUCAUAUAGCAUAUAUACAUGUAUAUAAAAUGGUCUCAUCGUUAUUACACCCCUGUGGUCAUUACUGUUUACAAUCGAUCCAUAGUUCUGGUUUUAUCACUUUCUAAGUUUACAAUAGCAUAUUGGUUACAGUAGUCAUAUAGCACUGGUACAUUUGAGUAAAUACAGCGAUUGGUAUUGUAAGAGCACAAGGAAUUUGUAACUUUUUACAUAAUAUUCACAUUCAUGUUCCCUCUCUCUCUCUCUCUCUCCUCCAUGACAGAUGGAUGCUGGAUUAUCUCUGUGAUUUUAGGCAAAGAUUAGUGAGAAGAGCAGAUGCACUCAGUAGGAGAGAGAGAGAGAGAGAGAGAAAUGGGGCAGGAUGCAGGGGAUUGGCUAUAGCCUAGGUUAUGGCAGGGAGGUGAGGGGAAGAGACGUGUGUGUGUGUGUGUGUGUGUGUGUGUG